UUACUAAGGGCGGAAGCCCGGCGAGGGCGCCGGCGGCUUGCUGCGUCUCUGAAGGGCGUCGAAGCCCGACGACGCCAUGCCCAACCGCAGGGCCAGCCGCAAUGCCUACUACUUCUUCGUGCAGGAGAAGAUUCCCGAACUGCGCCGUCGAGGCCUGCCCGUGGCCCGCGUGGCAGACGCCAUCCCCUACUGCUCGGCCGACUGGGCGCUCCUGAGGGAGGAUGAGAAGGAGAAAUACUCAGAAAUGGCGCGAGAAUGGAGGGCAGCCCAGGGAAAGGAUUCUGGGCCUUCAGAGAAGCAGAAAAUCGUAUCUACACCACUGAGGAGGCCAGGCAUGCUUGUACCAAAACCAAGCAUUUCUCCCCCUGAUAUGUCAAACUUAAAUAUAAAAAAUGAUCAAGCUCUCCUUGGAGGUAUUUUUUAUUUUCUGAACAUUUUUAGUCAUGGUGAGCUACCUCCUCAUUGUGAACAGCGCUUCCUCCCUUGUGAAAUUGGCUGUGUUAAAUACUCCCUCCAGGAAGGUAUAAUGGCAGAUUUCCACAGCUUUAUCCAUCCAGGUGAAAUUCCACGAGGAUUUCGAUUCCAUUGCCAGGCUGCCAGUGAUUCUAGUCACAAGAUUCCUAUUUCAAACUUUGAAUUCGGGCAUGACCAAGCAACUGUGUUACAAAACCUUUAUAAAUUUAUUCAUCCAAACCCAGGGAACUGGCCACCUAUUUACUGCAAGUCUGAUGAUAGAGCCAGAGUUAACUGGUGUUUGAAGCGUAUGGAGCGGACAUCAGAAAUCAGGCAAGAUCUAGAACUUCUCACUGUAGAGGACCUUGUAGUGGGAAUCUACCAGCAAAAAUUCCUCAAGGAGCCCUCUAAGACCUGGGUUCGAAGCCUCCUAGAUGUGGCCAUGUGGGACUACUCUAGCAACACAAGGUGCAAGUGGCAUGAAGAAAAUGAUAUUCUCUUCUGUGCUUUAGCUGUUUGCAAGAAAAUCGCGUACUGCAUCAGUAAUUCUCUAGCCACACUCUUUGGAAUCCAGCUCACUGGAGCUCAUGUACCACUACAAGACUAUGAAGCCAGCAAUAGUGUGACACCCAAAAUGGUUGUAUUGGAUGCAGGGCGUUACCAGAAGCUAAGAGUUGAGAGCCCAGGAUUCUGUCAUUUCAACUCUUAUAAUCAGGAACAAAGAUCAAACACAUCUACUGCAGUGGCUGCCUCAUCUGGAAAGGAGAGUGAAAACCGCCAAUGUGGAACCCAGGGCCAUGGAGCAGAUGUCCUCAGGAGAGAGCCCUCCCAGAAUCCAUGAUGCAGUGGGUUCGCACCGAGACAGCCUGCGUGUAUGUGUUGUUCUCAGAGAUGCUUUGUCAUCACUGCUCUUUCAAGAGAGGAAACCUCUGUCCCCUAACUGCAGUGCCAGCCUCAUCAGAACCUUCAUGCCACCCAGUGUUCCAGUCCGUCCCCAGGACACGGUCUAAAUUGCCCAAGAAGGACCUGUGGGAGCCCUUUAGACAUUUCAGAAGCUGUUCUUAAUCUUCAGUAACAAACUCAAGUGUGUGUGUGUGCUCUAUCUCUUUUCUAUAUUGCUUUUUGAGAUAGGGUCUCCUCCUGUCUCUGCCUCCCCAGGGCUGCCACGCCCAGCUUCCACGUGGGUUGCUUUGGAUCAAAUCGAGGUCUCAUGAUGUGCAAGCAGUUUCCCGACGGAGCUAUUGCCCUAGGCCCUGAAUUCUGAGCUUUUAAUAUGGUGGCAAAAUCACAGGUCUGGUCCUGCAAUCACGCCGGCUUUACCUCUGCAAAACCAGGGAACAGCCCACCCCAGGUCCCACCUCCAUGCUCUGGAAUGAUUUAGGUCACAGUCUCUCGGUAUCAUUGCUUCUCAUCCUUCCACCAUGCUCGGACUGAAGGUGGACCAACUCCAAUUCCACAGAAGGAGAAAACUGACUAAUGGAAGGUAUCCUCUGACGUUCAUGUUGACACGCAAGCACGUACACACACACACACACACACACUAUUAAGUAAAUAAACGUUUAAAAGGGAAGCCACCUUUGCACUGUAAAAACAAUGUAUGCCUACCAUACACAUUCAUGAACGACAUAAUGCUAUCGGAUCAACUCACUCGGAACUAAAAACAUCCACAUUCU